CAGAAACCUCUUGAAGAAUCUUUAAAAUCACCUGAAUAUAUAAUGUCCGACUUUGCAAAAAUGGAACGACCACCUCAAUUGCAUAUUAUUUUUCAAGCUUUAGAUUUAUUUCAAAAUCAGUUCAAUAGAUUACCUAGACCAUGGAAUCAGGAAGAUGCAGAUGAAAUGGUGUCUUUGAGUCACAAAGUAAACAAACAGGCUCAGCAAGUGGAAGAGAUUGAUGAAGAUUUAGUGCGAACCUUUUCAUAUGUAGCUGCUGGAAACUUAUGCCCCAUGCAGGCAAUAAUUGGUGGAAUUGCAGCACAAGAAAUAAUGAAAGCUUGCAGUGGAAAAUUUGGACCAAUUAAACAGUGGUUUUAUUUUGAUGCAUUAGAAUGUCUUCCUCCUGAACAAAAAGUGAAUGAAGAAUCUGCUACUCCUCUUGGAAGUAGAUAUGAUUCACAAAUAGCAGUAUUUGGAAGAGAAUUUCAAGAAAAACUUUCAUCCUUAAAAUAUUUUGUGGUUGGAUCGGGUGCAAUAGGGUGUGAACAUUUAAAAAAUUUUGCAAUGANACUAGUUAAUUUUGCGAUUUCGUCUAAAGACUCAAAAAAAUCGGUGACCUUAAGGCCCUCUGUGUCCCUUGCAAAGGAAGGUAUCAAUGGAAUCAUGCCUCCUAAUCCGCCUAACGCGGCUCCUCCUGCGGGCUCUGCUCGUGCACCUCCUGCUGUCUCUCCUCGCGCCCGACCUUCAUCUCUUGUUAAACUUGAUGAUAACCAUUUAACAGUUGAAAAUGUUAAUAUGUCUAUUAAAAUNUUGAUUCAACCAAUGGAUCAAGAGGUUAUUGCAGGUUUCAAGAAAUUGUACAUUCGAGCACUGCUUCGUCUGUGUUUUGAAGCAUGCCAGUUCUCCUCAAUGGUGACAUUAAAAACGUUUUGGAAAAAAAAAUUUGAUAUUCUUGAAGCUAUGUGGCUCAUUCAAAAGGGAUGGUCAGAAGUCACUCGACAACAGUUGAAUUCUGCUUGGCGAAAGAUGUGUCCCUCCUGCAUUCAGGGAGAGAGAGAUGAUGUCCCUGAAAUUAUGCAUGAAAUUGAGACAACUGCUAGAGAUCUGGAAUUGGAAUAUAGUAUAUUUUGUACGAUUAAAACUAGUAUUAUAUUGAGUAAAUUUGAAAUGAUUAAGAUAAAGUCUAAUCCAAAAAAUAUAUUACAGCUGACAAAUUCUGGUGCUCCUUUCUGGUCGGGACCCAAAAGAUGUCCUCAUCCUCUCGUUUUUAAUGUUAAUAAUGAUCUUCAUUUAGAUUUUAUUGUAGCAGCUGCAAAUUUAAGAGCUUUUAUGUUUGGAAUACCGCAAAAUACAGAUAGAGAAUACAUUUCAAAUUACGUUACUACUGUAAAGGUGCCUGAAUUUUCCCCCAGAUCCGGUGUGAGAAUUGCUGUCUCCGAAAAUGAAGCUAAUCAAGAGAAUUCUGUGACGGAUAACGAUCGCCUUAAUCAGAUUCAAGAGCAGUUACCUACAAAACAAGAUAUGGGAAGAGUUUCAAUUAAUCCAAUUGAUUUUGAAAAGGAUGAUGAUUCUAACUUUCACAUGGAUUUUAUUGUAGCGGCAUCUAAUUUGAGAGCAGAGAAUUACGAUAUUCCACCUGCAGAUCGUCAUAGGAGUAAAUUAAUAGCUGGAAAAAUAAUUCCUGCCAUUGCUACAACAACAGCUUUGGUUUCAGGAUUAGCUUGUUUGGAAUUAUACAAACUUGUUCAACAGCAUAAAAAAUUAAGUUCCUAUAAGAAUGGCUUUGUUAACUUGGCUUUACCGUUUUUUGCCUUUUCUGAGCCAAUUGCCGCUCCUAAACUGAGUUAUCAUAACACGGAAUUCACUCUUUGGGAUCGAUUUGAAGUGCAGGGAGAAAUGACAUUACGGAGGUUCUUGCAGUAUUUUGAAGAUAAUUAUAACUUAGAAAUAACAAUGUUGUCUCAAGGUGUUAGUAUGUUGUAUUCAUUUUUUAUGCAAAAUGCAAAAAAGGAGGAGCGACUCGAUUUGAAGUAAGUGUGAAAGUUAAAAAGUUUGUACUCUCAGAUAUGUUGUAUGAAAAUUACU